UAUGGCCGCGUACUUUGAAAUUGGUCUGCUUGCUAAACUAACAAUUACAAAGCAAGGAAAUUGAAUUAUUGUGAGGUUCUUUUUACAUUGAACCAUUAAUUUUGACAGAAAUUACCGAAAAUAUGGCUCAGUUCGAAUUCGAGAAUGGCGUCAACGACUGCUUGAAAAAGCUCGAAGCUCCUCUUUCUAAAGGGCCUGUUCCACGCUGGCAAAGGAAAGAAAGGGAAAGGAUUUUAGCUUCAACCGGAAAAGUUUUAUCGCCGCUUCAAACCACUGGUCGCAACCGCGUGAACUCGAAACUAUCGUCAAAAACUCAAACUUGCACUCCAGGCAAAAGAGCAAAGACUCCGACGAAGACUCCUCAAAAAUCCCCGAGAAAGUUUGGACUGUCUCCUCGUGGUGACCGUUUUAUUCCCUCCAGGCCGCUUGUCGACUGCGAAUGGAGCCAUUUUCAAAUUAUUCAAGGAACGGACUUAGGCGAGGCGAACUGUGAGAUGGAAGUCGAAGGAAACUCGCAGUACUACGCAAAUAUGGCAGAGAAUUUGAGCAGCAGCUCAAGUAAUAGCAAGAUUCUACAUUUCAAGUCUGGGGCACCUGUGGCGAGGGAAGGACAUCAGAAUCAAUUGAGAGUGUUGUACUGUCAAAGCAAACCUGCUGCACCUAAAGCUAAGUCCACAAGACACAUCCCAAAGGUAGAAGAUAGAAUUCUAGAUGCACCUGAUCUUUUGGAUGAUUAUUAUCUGAACUUGUUAGACUGGGGAUCCAUAAACCAGCUUGCCCUUGCUUUGUCGGGUGCAGUUUACACAUGGAAUCCAAGUACUGGGGAGACACAGCAUUUGUUUCAGUUGGAUGGUGAAGAUUAUAUUUCCAGUGUCAACUGGAUUGGUCAGGGCAAUAUUCUUGCUGUUGGUAAUAGUAUUGGCCAAGUCCAGUUAUGGGAUGUAGUACAAGCCAAGUGUGUGCGUGUGAUGGGUGGCCAUGCUGCUAGAGUGGGGUCACUUGCCUGGAACUCAUUUAUCUUAUCAAGUGGUUCACGGAAUGGAGCUAUCCAUCAUCAUGAUGUGCGUGUGGCGUCACAUCAUGUAGGUUCCCUCCUGGGCCACAGUCAAGAGGUGUGUGGUAUGCAGUGGAGUCCUGAUGGUAAGCUGCUGGCGAGUGGUGGUAAUGAUAAUCUGCUGAAUAUCUGGGCACAGGGUGGAACCUCAGAUGAUGCUGCCAGUCCUCUUCAUACACUGACGCAUCAUCAGGCUGCAGUUAAGGCAGUGGCAUGGUGUCCAUGGCAACCGAAUGUCCUGGCUAGUGGUGGUGGAACAGCUGACCGUCACAUCAGAUUUUGGAAUGCAAACACAGGGUCCUGUCUUAGCAGCGUGGACACAAAUAGUCAGGUUUGCGCGCUGUUAUGGUCCAAAGAGUACAAAGAGUUAGUCUCCGGUCACGGUUUUUCCCAAAACCAACUCACUAUCUGGAAAUACCCAGCCAUGUCACGCGUCAUGGAAUUGACUGGACACGUGUCGCGCAUUCUUCACAUGACCAUGUCACCAGAUGGUCAGUUUGUGGCGUCGGCUGCCGCAGACGAGACCUUGCGGCUGUGGAAAUGUUUUGCCAGUCAACAGAAAUCUAAAAAAAACUCAAGCAAAGGACCUGGAAGCGAGGGAAACGGUCUGAUGUCAUGUAUGAAGGUUCGAUAAAGCGAUGACGGUCAUUUGAAUAUUCUUUGGGAGCGUACAUGUAUGUUAUGAGUAGAUAAAUAUAGAUAAUAUAUACAGAAGAUCUAGUUUUAAUGAUAUAAAGAUUUGUACGGAUAGCCUUUGCCGAAACUUUUUUUUAGUUUUCAAAUGUGGCAGCUCCUCUCUCAUUACGAAAAGAUGCUCUCAGCCCCAGCUUAGAUGCAUGACCUAAAUCUGGAUUAAGAUUAUCCUUGAUUAAUACAUUUUCUUUUAUGCUUAUGUAGCUUUGGAGUUAAGUUCUCCAAGGGGAUUACACCAGUUACUCCCUCGACAGUCUAUUUCAUCAUGUACAAGCCAAGGUCAAGGGAACUCUACUUCUUUUUCCCCCAGUGUCUCUUCGAAAUAAGCAUAACCUCUCCUUUUUUCGGACUAUUGCGUUUUCUGAAAUACCCCACUGUUUGUAAAUUUUAAAAGUCUUAGAAUUUAGAAUUAGACUACUAUUAAAUAUUGUGCACAAUUUUACCUUGUGAAUAGCGUAUAGAUUCUGAUUGUUUCCAUAUUUAUUCAUAAAUAUAUUUAUUUUUUAAUUAUUUGUCAUCCGUGUAAUUUUGAAAUAAAGUCGGAGCUUUUGCCUCGUU